UGCUUUAAUUGCAAGGUGACACAGACACCGCUGUGGCGCAGAACUCCGGAUCGCAAGCAUUCCCUCUGUAAUGCAUGUGGGCUGUAUUAUAAACAGUAUGGAGCACACCCCUUGGUUCCUGGCCCUGUUACCACUACCUCCACUGCACCACGUUCACCUCCACUGAUGACUGCCAAACAAGGGAUUCAGUGCGUCAACUGUUUGCAGACACAGACCCCACUCUGGCGUAAGAACGAGGCUGGAGAGCCGAUCUGUAAUGCAUGUGGGCUGUACGCAAAACUGCAUCAUCGAGAUCGCCCCGUCACGAUGCGUAAAGCCAUGAUUGCCCGACGAAGAAGA